AUGGGAGCUGUAGUGAAAUGAAGCGUAUUCUUGUAAGUUAAUGUUGGUACUAUUUGAACGGAGAGUCGUAUUAAAGAAGAAUGAUGAUGAACGCAAAGCGGAAGAAAUUGCGAGCGGCAACGACCUUCUUGUUUGUGUUUGUGUCUUCCUUUGCCAUUUCCAUAUCUGCCGCCAUGGCUGAUUCUGAUGAAAUUUCUUCAACUUCAACCCAUUCCAUAGCUUCAUCGACGGCGUCUUCACGCCCCGCGGUUCACAUUGUGUACACCGAAACGCCUCGGGAUGAGGACCCCAAGGACUUCCAUAUCCGAACCCUAGCUUCUGCUCUCGGCAGUGAAGAGGCUGCGAAGGAUGCGCUUAUUUACAGUUACAAGACCGCUGCUAGUGGAUUCUCUGCAAAGCUCACACCCGACCAGGUUUCUCGAGUUUCCCAACAACCAGGCGUUCUUCAGGUUGUUCCAGACAGCCAGGUCGGGUUGCACCGUUAAAGGAUUUUGCAGCCUCUCUCUUGAAAUUGGAUGAAGAUGGCAUAAUAAUGAGUGAGUCUCACCUUCUGUAAAUUCAUUAUAGUUCUUAAACAUCAGUACUUAUAUUUAUUGUUUAUCAUAAAGCUGAAUGUAUUUAUUGUAUUUAUAGUUCUUAAACAUCGACACUCAUGCGGUAAAACCUAUAGACUUUCACAA